UAAUGCGUUUUUUCCGGUCUAUAAAUACGGUCAGAGAGCGUAUUAGGUAUUUGCGUCAUUACUCACUUCCUUUUUCGAUCAAGUUCGCUGUCCCACUUCCAAACCCUAGCUGAUCCAUCUCUCUCAUACUUCGCUACGAAUUAAAUAUCAGACAAGAGAAUUUUCUCUGAAUUUCGUCCACUGGAUUAGCUUUUUUAGGGUUUGAUCCGAGUAGCUUGAAGCAACUAAAUAGAACACGAGGUAUUCCGAAAAUGGAUCAACAAGGCCACGGGCAGGCCCAAGGGAUGAACACAGUGAACACCUCUGCCCAAAUGCCCUACACCAUGCCCCCAUACCCACCUCCAAACCAAAUGAUGGGCAUUGUCCCCCCUGCCCCCGGGCAGCCCUCCCAAACCUCGGGUCUCCCUUCCCCCCCUGCCCAACUUGCCCAACAACAACUCGCCUACCAACACAUCCAUCAACAACAACAACAACAACUCCACCAACAACUCCAAAACUUUUGGGCAAAUCAAUACCAAGAAAUCGAACAAACAACCGAUUUCAAAAACCACUCUCUUCCUUUAGCCCGAAUCAAGAAAAUCAUGAAAGCAGAUGAAGAUGUUCGCAUGAUAUCUGCAGAAGCACCUGUGAUUUUUGCACGUGCUUGUGAGAUGUUCAUUCUUGAGUUGACUUUAAGGUCAUGGAAUCAUACUGAAGAGAAUAAAAGGAGGACACUUCAGAAGAAUGAUAUUGCUGCUGCUAUUACACGAACUGAUAUUUUUGACUUUUUGGUUGAUAUUGUUCCACGUGAGGAUUUGAAAGAUGAGGUGAUUGCUUCCACGAUUCCUAGAGGUGGGCCACUUCCGGUUGGGGGGCCCACUGAGGGUCUACCGUAUUACUAUAUGCCGCCACCACAGGUUGGUGGUUCAGGGAUGUAUAUGGGGAAGCCGGUGGAUCCUCAGGCGAUGUAUGGACAGCAGCCUAGGCCUUAUAUGGCUCAGCCUAUGUGGCCUCAACAGCAACAACAGGAGCCUCCAGAAGAUGCUUGAAUUGAACACAGUGAAGAAAGAGACCCUGAAGAUGGUGGGUGUAGAUGAAGGAAGAAGAGUUGAUAUCUUAUCUGUUAAAUUUUCUCAUGUGGUAAUGGUUAUUAGGAAGAAUGCAAUGGUAAUGGUAGUAAUGGUUGUAGUAGUAGUAGUCAAAAUAUAACUUAAAAAACUAUGUUAUGUGUGCAUGUUUGUCUACUUGUCCUUAAAUGAUACUACUCUUUGUUUUAAGAA